CCUUCUUUGUUUCUCAAAUCAACGAAGAUGGAGAAAUUCGGUGGAAACGAAACGCCAAUGGUGACAGCAGAAAUCGUUAAAGACAGGCGAUGGGCGUCACUGGUUGAGAACCACUUCCAGCUUUCGGUUGGAAUAAAAUGGCGCCAUCAAUCUUGUGUAAGAAGCACGGUUAAGUUGCCAUGGAAGGAAACUCUGACUUGGAACCAAUGCAAUCUCCAAAUUUUCAGUUGGGAAAGUUAAGAAACAAGGGCCAAGGAUUGGGAGGUGCUGUUGAAUGAGAGGGAAGCUAUCCCUUUCUUUUCUUAAAGUGUCAAAGGUUUGAAGUUUCAAAACAAAGCAAGGAUCCUCUCUCUGUAUUUCUUUAUCAUUAGUUUUGUUCUAUCAGAUUCUAAGGAGAAAGAGAAUGUGGCCAAAACAGCCCAAAAGGAAUUCAUUUAAAGAAUCUGUUAAAGCUGUUGAAGCUGAUAUACGACAUGCAAAUAGCUUGGCAGCUAUGCUUUCGAGAGAUUACGGUGGAUUUUGCAUUCAAAUGAGAUUGCAUUACAGCCCAUUUGCUCCAUUUCUUCUUCAUUUGAUUGAAUGGAUGGAUUACAGUUGCACAGAUUCUAUUCCAAGUUUCUUGGGCCUUUUCCACAUACUCUUGUACAAGGUGUACGUCGAUGGGAAGCCACUAGUGUUGCCAAGAGAAAGAAAAGCCACUCUCAGGGAGUUCUAUGGUAUGUAUUUCCCUUCUAACUUUUGCUUCUUCGGAGACAAACUGAUCAGUUUCCAGUUCAUUUAUUGUGUAACCAUUGCAGCUGUAAUAUACCCUUCACUUAGGCAACUUCAAAGUGGGCAUGUCUUGCCGAAAGAAGAGACUUCGCAUAGGAAGAGAAUAGAAGAUGAAAGAAAGAUAUCUGAUGAAGAUCUCGAAAGAGACGAAGAUCUUGAGAGAGAUGAAGAAUGUGGGAUAUGCAUGGAGAACUGCAGAAAUGUUGUCUUGCCAAAUUGUGGCCAUUCAAUGUGCCUGAACUGCUUCCAAGACUGGAGCACGAGAUCGCGUUCCUGUCCUUUCUGCCGUAGCUGUCUAAACAGGUUGAGCUCGGGGGAUUUGUGGAUUCUUACAGGCGAUACCGACAUCAUCGACUCUGAAACUCUUGCCAAGGAGAAUCUAUUACAUUUCUACCUUUAUAUUGAAAACCUGCCACUAUUUGCGCCAGACAUUAAUAUUUUUGUACCAGAUUACAUGUUCUGAGCUUUACAUCAGAAGAAUGAAGGACAAUCUACUUGUGCUGGCUACCACUUGUACAUAACUUCAACUGAGAAUGUGGUACAUAGCAUGGGAGUAAAAUUCUAGCAAUGUACAGAUUGGAAGGUAGGAAAUAUUCAGAUCAGAUACAGAUUACAUUGGUUCUGCAUAGGAGCUGUGAAGAACUAUAUUGAAUUUCUAAUGUCACACGUGUAAAUUCACGAGAUUGCAGGAUAGAGAGAGAACACUUCAAUGUAUGAUUCCUGGUGCUAAUCCAAUGGUCUUCAUUUCUCCUUUCCCAGUGUUUUAUUCAUCAUUAAAUUGCAAUCAAUAACUUAAAAUAUAGAUUUUAGCCUCUGAACAUGUUGUGGUCCUGUGAAAGACAAAACGAUGUACUAUCAGAAGUAGUUUAAAAAAGAUGUUGAGCGUCGCACUGUGCGAUCAGGGAGACCACUGGUGGCUGGUGUUGCAUUUAAACAAUCACAUUCCCAUAUAUGUUUUCUGAUUAUCUUCUGGUUGGAUGUUUUCUGGUUCGAGUAUAAGGCUAAUCAAUUUAAUCAGCGAAGAACAAAAUGAUUUCCGAUUCUUGAGGGUUCUGUGUCCAAAUAGCUCACUUGGGUCUGAUUUAGAUGCAGUAAAAUGAUGAAAGUUUCCUGCUUUCAGGGCAUCCAUUAUGUUAACGCACAAGUAUUGACUCUAUUGCUCUAACAAGGCUGCACAAAGAUGACCAUCUAAAAAUGACUUCCACUUUGAAAAAUUAGUAUUUUGUUUCACCUUUCGAAGUCUCGAACAGGAACUUUGGCUUUCCAAUCAGCUGUAUUUGCUGCAAUUCUCUACAAAAUUGAAGCAGUCUAAACCAGAACUCCAAAUCACAGAGAAUUUGUAGGCCACGAUAUCAUUCUGUAAAUGCCAAAUGUUACAGCGAAGCUUUGUUGAGUGGAUAACAAAAUGCAAGAACUUUUAUAUCUUCUUUACUGUUUACAUCACGUACUAGGUGAAUCAAAA